AGUUGACCUUCAGAGGACGUCAUGCUGAUGUCUUGAGCUGAGGAAGUACUUCAUCCUCGACCUGCCUCGGUUUGUUAUUCCCCACCUGGUCCCCUCCGCCUCAGUCAACGGGCAGCGUCCGGCUCCACAGUCUCCCUACCCCCCUCCUGCCCGGCCUGCCGUCGCCAUGACGUCGGAGCUGGAGAGCAGCCUGACCUCCAUGGAUUGGCUUCCUCAGCUGACCAUGCAGGCGGCCAUCCGCAAGGCGGACGCUCAGAGUGCCCACGGGCCCGGCAUGGGCAAGAAGAGCGCCCUGCUGGAUCCUAACACCACGUUGGACCAGGAGGAAGUGCAGCAGCAUAAGGACGGCAAGCCGCCGUACAGCUACGCCAGCCUCAUCACGUUCGCCAUCAACAGCUCGCCAAAGAAGAAGAUGACACUGAGCGAGAUCUACCAGUGGAUCUGUGAUAACUUUCCAUACUACAGGGAGGCAGGCAGUGGCUGGAAGAACUCAAUACGGCACAAUCUGUCAUUGAACAAGUGUUUUCUCAAAGUGCCUCGCUCCAAAGACGACCCGGGAAAGGGCUCUUACUGGGCCAUCGACACCAACCCAAAGGAGGACGCCUUGCCCACGCGGCCAAAGAAGAGGCCGCGCUCUGGAGAACGGGCAUCCACGCCGUACAGCCUGGAGUCGGAGUCUUUGGGGAUGGAGUGUAUGAUCUCUGGAAGUGCCUCUCCAACACUGGCAAUCAACACUGUGACUAACAAGGUGGCGCUGUACAACACAGACCAGGAAGGGAGCGAUAGUCCAAGAAGCAGCCUUAACAACAGUCUGUCCGAUCAGAGUCUGGCCUCCGUCAAUCUCAACAGUGUGGGCAGUGUGCACAGCUACACACCGGUGAGCAGUCACCCGGAGCCCGUGUCCCAGUCUAUGAGCCUCCAGCAGCCCCCACAGUCCCAAUACAACAUGCCCGACAGGGACAAGCAGCUCCUGUUCUCCGAAUUUGAAGAUCUCAGUGCCUCCUUCCGCAGCCUUUAUAAGUCUGUUUUUGAGCAGUCCUUCAGCCAACAAGGUCUGAUGGGCAUACCGUCUGAUUCCCCUCAGCAGUCCCACACCUCCUGCUCCUACCAGCACUCCCCCAGUGGCACCAUUAGCACUCAGAACAGCCUCUCAAACAACCAACCCAACAGCCACCCCAACAGCCACCCCGCCAACACGGGCCAGGUAACCCUGUCCCACCCGGCCCAAGCCCACGCCGGCCACGGCUCCCCCCACGCACAGCACCUCCCGCAGCACGGCGGCCCCCACAACCAACACAGCCAACACGCCCAGCACAGCCAGCACCCGCAGCACGCUGCGCACUCCCAGCACGGGCAGCACCCGUCGCAGCACCCCGCCCACGGCCAGCACCCGCAGCAACACACGCAGCACCCCUCCCAACACACGCAGCACAGCCAGCACCCGUCUCAGCACGGACAGCCGCAUCCGAGCCUCUCCCACCAGCCCCAUCCUACCCAGCAACAGAUGGCCUGCAACACAGGUUUACUGUCAGACUGGUACCCAAAUCUGGAUGCACUGAAAGAAAGCUGUCGUAUUGCUAGCAGCUAUAACUGGGCUGAUGUCGACCUUUCACCUUUCCAAGGGUUGAGAGACAGUAUGAGACAAGCAGAGUUGAACAAUUGGUCCCUGGAACCCACCCAGAUCGCCGACCUCUGCUCGUCCAUCAACCAGUUUUUUGCCCGCACCGGUGUAAUCCAGCCACAAGGGGCAGUGCAGCCUCCUGUUUGUCAUGGCCCCAUGCACCCCAGCAAAGCCAGCCAGCACCUCAACACAGGAAAUCUCUACAUGGACACCAGACAGAGCAUGCCCAUGAUGGGUCCUCCAGGAUAUCCACACAUGCCCCCCAUGAGCAGCACAGGACCCACAAUGACAGGACACCAUGCACAGAUGAACCAGCAGCACAUGAUACCUACCAGAAACUUCCAGAUGCAUCGCAUGCCAGCCGAUGACAUCCAGGAUGACUUUGAUUGGGACUCCAUUGUCUAGCCACUAGACCUCCUUUUGCAAAAAAAAAAAGAGAGCGAGCGAGGAGAGGAGGUGGAAGCCAGAGGAGGCCCGGCUGAGAUGAAAGGCUGCAGGAGGGGGGGCGGAAUGCAGAAGAACAUUUGACAAAGCUCCGGGAGGAAGACCGACUUCCACGUCCUGACAUUUUUACAAGCAAAAGAUAACUAGAAUAAUGUUACUUUGAAGACAAUCAUAUUUAGUUGGACAUGUUAAAGUGAUUGCUUAUGUACUCGUCGAGAGACGAGUAGAACACAUUCUCAUCCGAACCACGUGCUCCUCAGCUCCUCAGCCAGCCGUCUCCCAGAGUCCAACCCUCCCCGACCCUCUGCUCCGUAACUGUUAUGUGAUUUGAGCAACGUGUUCAGCUUGUAAUUCUUCUCGUGUUGACAUUGGCCUCAGCUGCCUCUUGGAUGAGUUUAUCCCUCUUUAAAAAAAAAAAAAAAAAGGAAAGGAAAAAAAAAGAUGAUUUUUGUAUUUUUUGUUCGUUUUUAAAGAAACACAGGCCGUCUCUGUGAGUAAUGUGAUGGUGCUCGUUGGUCACUUUUGGGAGAACGUGGGCCCCACUGUGGCUGGAUUGGUGGUGAAGUAAGGUUUACAAUAAGUUUGAACAGGGUGUUAAAUGUUUAAGCAGGCUUGAUAUUAAACAAAGGAAAGAGAAAGAGCGAGAGAUCACAGAAGGUAUCGUAAUUGCUUUUCAUGGCCACCCAGUGUGAUGAGGCUCACUGCAAGGGACUUGUUAUGGGAGUACAGCAACCUUUUCUUUCUUUCUUUUUUUAAAAUUUUUUUUUUUAGUUCUGUCUCAAGCAAUUCAAGCUAAGUAAAAAUGAGUGUGAGGGGGAUGUCAAACAUUUCUUGUCUUUCAUUGACAAGAUUGUCAUUCAACCCAAAGUAACCCGGUCCUCUGUGCACCACGUAGGUUAAUGAAUGCUUUACCAAUCAGAAGCUGUUAUCACGUCAUGUACUAAACAAGUCACAUUUUAAAAGCUAGUUUUAAUAGUAGAGAUCACGCUUUUUAGGCAAGUGUCCUAUUGAUCAUUAAACAAUGAUCCAAUCAUCAUUGAGAGACAAUUGAAUAAAAUAAAAAAAUGUUAUAAAGUCUGAUUAGUAUUGCUGAUCAGCAAAGCACCAAUAAAUCUCUCCUAAAAAGGAAUAACAAAUUACCAAAUGUCAAAGAUGUGUUUGAAGAAAACCUUUUAUUAUACAGUUGGUCAAGUGGUAUUCUCACAAUUUGAGAAAAACUUAAAUGUUAAAACAAUAUACGCCCCUAUAUCAUCUUUUUAAACUUUAAAACACCGUGCCCCAGUUCAUUGCUCCUGAAAUGCAAACCAUGUUGUAACAUACGAGUCAAAGUAACGAGUAAAACAUUAAAAGCCAGUAUGAAAAGUUGUGCUUUUAAUCUCACUGACUUGAAACAUUACUAGUAGACGAUAUGUCUUUAUUUAAUGAUCAAUAGGAUAUGCAUCAGAUGUUGUUUCCAUUGAAAAAAGGGCCAGGAAAGUCAUCAGUUUGAUUUAAAGUUCUUUUUGGUUUGGAUUAUUCUGUCAAAUAAGUCAAACCCAAAUUCAUGCCUUUUUCCACCUGUGGUGCAUCUAUUUUUGAAUGCUACACUCAGUGUUUGGGACUAAAUUGCGGGGAUAUGAUUCUUUCUAAACUGAUCGAUGCUGUGAUUGUUGGAUAGUGUCAGACUUUGCUAUUAUACAAUCAUAACAGAAUGAGAAGUGUGACUCAGAGUGUGUGUGUGUGUGUGUGUGUGUGUGUGUGUGUGUGUGUGUGUGUGUGUGUGUGUGUGUGUGUGUGUGUGUGUGUGUGUGUGUGUGUUGAACAAAUGGAUGCGUGCCUGUUUUGGUUCCAUUGUAAUUUUCGGGCUGUGAUUGAUUGCUGCGAUCAUCUCUAUGCUAUCUAUAAGCACAAAAGCAGAUGCACACAGCGAUUAAAGACUAGAUUUGA